UCGGGGAAGUUACUCCAUUAGCCUGCUUUCACGGCAGUAGCACAGGCAUGUCAUUUCCUAUUAUCUGACUCUUGAAAAACACUCGAAGUAUCGAUUAUUUGCGUGCUCAUAUAGACAUAUUGAGUAAAGUUCACCUGAGGUCACAAGGAGGAAGAUGUCCCGAGGGUCCAACGCAGGUUUUGACCGACACAUCACCAUUUUUUCACCAGAGGGCCGCCUGUACCAAGUCGAGUAUGCCUUCAAAGCCAUCUCUCAGGGCGGGUUGACCUCCGUUGGGAUCCGGGGUAAGGACACCUCGGUGGUGGUCACACAAAAGAAAGUUCCGGAUAAGCUGCUGGACUCUUCCACUGUGACCAACAUGUUCAAACUAACACCUCGCAUUGGCUGCGUGAUGACCGGGCACAAUGCUGACAGUCGUUCCCAGGUUCACCGGGCCCGAGUGGAAGCUGGGGAAUGGAAGUAUAAAUUUGGUUAUGACAUCACGGCAGACGUGUUGUGUCGCAGGUUGGCUGAUAUCUCUCAGGUGUACACGCAGAAUGCUGAAAUGAGACCUCUAGGCUGCUGUAUGAUCAUGGUGGCCAUUGACCCCCAGCACGGUCCUGUCCUUUAUAAAUGUGACCCGGCAGGCUAUUACUGUGGCUUCAGAGCCACGGCGGUUGGAGCCAAACAGACGGAGGCUAACAGCUACCUGGAGAAGAAGCUGAAGAAAAAGCCAGAACUCAACCAUGACAGGACAGUGCAGUUGGCCAUUUCCUGUCUGUCCUCUGUCCUGUCAGUGGACUUCAAGGCCAGUGAGCUGGAGAUCGGCAUAGUGACCAAAGACAAACCUAAGUUCAGGACACUCGCUGAAGAAGAAAUUGAAACCCACUUGGUUGCCAUAGCAGAGCGGGAGUAGAGACACCCUUGCAAACAUUGGUCUGUGAUUUAUCAUAGUCUGCUAUAGUCGGUGUGCUUGAUUUAGUCUAAUUUACCAAUGCUGUUCCACUGUACACAGUCGGUCACCUCAUAUCCAGACAGAUUAAUCAAGCGCACCUGAUGAAGAAACUGUGCUAAAAAGGAUCGAUACAUGUUUGAUUCAUAGUGAUAGGACACAUGUCUCCAGUGGGCUUUUUUAAAACAGUUCUGUAUAGAGUAGUAAUGCCAUUUUUAAAUUUUGAUCUUGCACCUAAAGCGACUAGCUAAACUUUUGUUGGAUGCUGGUUUGUGCAUAAUAUUUAUCAUACAGCAUUUUUAGGACUGUAUGUUUAUAACAACACUCUCCAAAGAUCAUAAUAAAACUGUCCCUGGGAGUCAUACUUAAUGCUUUUUAAGCAACUCACAAUAAAACUGAAUGCAAAGAAGA